AUCAGAAAUCAGCGAAGAUAUUUCUGGUUCCAUAUUAACGCUUUGAUUGGCCAAUUACUCGUCAAUGGGAGGUUUACACACGUUAUCUCAGAGGUCAACAGAAUGGCGCUGUCCAUGUUGAAUAUACACACUACAUAAAUCUCUGUGUAGGACUUUUGUGAAUAACUAUGAUGGGUCUCAUAGAUUUUAAAUGAACUUCGACACACCAAAGUGUUAUUUUGCUGCCAUUUAAAGGAUUGUUUUCAAGUCUUUGAACUAUGUCUGGUUCAAAUGUUUGGACUCGCAGCAGAGCGAGAAUGAGACUCUUCCCAGAGCUGUUGGCUCAGUGCUCAGGAGAGGCAGCUGCUUAUGGGAAAUGUGUUGCCGCCACAACCACUGGAAAACAGGAGCUGACCAAAAACAUGUGUCUCAAAGAAUUUGAAGCACUGAGAAGCUGCUUUCAAUCUGCUGCGAAAACGGGAGUAAAGUGAACAACAUCAUGAAUAAAUAUCAUGUUAACCUUGACAACGUUGGAGAUCAUUUGAAUUAAUUAGCCAGUAAAACAUUUCUGGUGAUGAA